AUGCCUUCCUCGACCACCAUCGGCAUCAUAUGGAUACCUCCCGAGCUUCAGCAGCAUGAAAAUGCUAUAGUCCGAGAGAUCUACUUCGUGUGCUAUCCCCCACAUGAUGUCGACGACCCGCCCACCAAGUACACCAAUCAUUGGACCUUUUUCCUCAAGAUCAUUACGCUAAAGCAAUAUUCUGUGACGGCCCGCGGCUUGUUUUACGUUACCCUGAACCCUGUGCCAGAUCUGACAGUCAAGGGUGUCCUCAAUCUGAUCAGAACCGAUGGCCUUGACAAAUACAUUUUCGAUGCCGACGGCAACGGAUGUCGUUAUUGGACCAUGCAAUUCGUAACGCAUCUCGAUCAAGCCGGCAAAGUGGCGAAUUCAAUGGAGGCUGAGUGCUUGGCAGAACGGCUCGGGAAGACCUGGACUGCAGGCGUCGACGGACAGGCCGUGGAACUGGAGCUUCCGCGUGGCACUCCAGCCAGUCCCGGAAGGUUUUAUUGA